AUUCAAACCCCGGCCCCGCAAGCACCGGCGGUGGUUCCGUUCCGGGGCCGGGGCUGGGUCCGGAUGGGCUCCGGGAGCCGCGGGGCGCAGCCCAAGAAAGCUGGACCCUGGAGAGCUUCCCUCAGUGACGUGGCUGCUCUCACGCAGCCUUCUCCUCCUCCUGCUGCAAUAGCGAUGCUCAUGUCCCCAUGCAGCUGCAGUGAGGAGCUCUUGGCUUGGUCAGGAGUGAAUCCCGAGCUUGGCAUAGCAGCACCAGCGGCUAUGGAGCGACCUGUGCUCCGGGUGCGUGCCUGAAGCGGCUGCCCGGGCACCGAAUGCGCCCGGCCCCCGUGCUCCUCGCCUCUGCCAUGAAUGAUGCAUCGACGAUGGAUUAUGAACUGCUGUCCCCCUCCUUGGUGGAGCACCCAGCCGGCGCUGCGGGUAUGGAUGCCGAGCAGAAAACCGUCUUUGCCUUUGUCAUCUUCCUCCUGGUCUUCUUAGUGAUGCUGAUGGUGCGCUGCUUCCGCAUCCUGCUGGACCCCUACAGCCGCAUGCCUGCCUCCUCCUGGACUGACCACAAGGAGGGGUUGGAGAGGGGCCAGUUUGACUACGCCUUGGUGUAGAGGGCAGGGAUGGGGCGAGCCUGGGUGC